GAGAGCGACUGCGGCGGUUCCUGGCGGGGAAAAUGGUCGGGGAAAACAGCGCCGAGGGAGACGCAGGCUGCUGCUCUCCGGCCGUCGGGGCGGACGCGGCGACUUCAGAGCUGAACCGCGACAAGAGGCUGGUGUGCGUGGAGUACCCGGGUGUUGUGCAGGACGUGGACAAGACGCUGCUGACGCUGGGUGGAGAGGAAGGUGUCUCUAGGAUCUACACUGACCCCAGCCGAAGACUUGAGCUCUACUUCCGCCCCAAGGACCCCUACUGCCACCCUGUGUGUGCCAACCGCUUCCCGACAUCUUCCAUGUUGCUGAAAGUUAAAAAGAAAACGAGGAGGAAACGGACAGAAGCAGGAGAUUUUGAGGAAGAUGUCAAUUUUGAAGUGGAAGGUCUGGGCAUUGUUACCACAGUUUAUAAGUUUCAAGGGAUGUCUGAUUUCCAGUAUCUGGCAGUGCACUCUGGACCAGAUGGCAAGCAGACCUCCAUGUAUGACAAAGUCCUGAUGCUCAAGCCAGAGAAAGAGGAGUUCUUCCUGAGUGACCUUCCGCUUUAUAUCCCUCCACCCAUUUUCUCACGCUUGGACACUCCUGUGGACUAUUAUUAUCGACCAGAAACGCAACAUAGGGAAGGAUAUCAGAACCCCACGUUGUCCAGUGAAAACCUGAUAGGUCUCAGCCGGGCCCGUCGGCCCCACAACGCCAUCUUUAUCAACUUUGAGGAUGAGGAGAUCCCCAUGAAGUGUUUGGACGCCGCAGAGCAGACCUGGAGGAGAGUUUGCAGCAAUGCAGUGGAUCACAAAGCAGAAGAGGAACUGAGGAAGCUGUUUGAGGUCCGCCCAGUCUGGUCUCGUAAUGCUGUGAAAGCCAAUAUAAGCAUCCAUCCUGACAAGCUCAAGUUCCUUCUGCCUUACUUAGCUUACUACAUGCUCACUGGACCCUGGAGGAGCCUGUGGGUCCGCUUUGGUUAUGAUCCCAGGGAACACCCAGAAGCAAAGUUCUACCAGGUGCUGGAUUUCAGAAUUCGCUGCGGAAUGAAAUACGGGUAUGCCCCUAAUGACAUGCCGGUGAAAGCUAAACGCAGCACCUACAACUACAGCCUGCCCAUCACCGUGAAAAAACCAGCGAGCCAUGCAGUUGGCAUCCAGGACCUUAAGCAAGGACUGAGCACCUCUGGGAUGUCCAGUGCACGGAAACCUGCUUUCAGCAAGUACAAACUUAAAGAUUCGAUUUACAUCUUCCGAGAAGGUUCCCUGCCUCCUUAUCGACAGAUGUUCUAUCAGCUUUGUGACCUGAAUGUGGAAUGCUUGCAGAAGAUCAUUCGCCGGAAUGAUGGCAUGGAGAUGGUGUGUACAGAGAGGGAUGGCUGGUGUCUUCCCAAGACCAGUGAUGACUUGCGGGAUACCAUGUCUCUGAUGAUAAAGCAGAUCAUCCGCUCCAAAAGGCCUGCUCUGUUCACAAGCACUUCGAACACAGAAGAUGGCAAAGAGCAGCUGGCGUUCGAGUCUGGAGAGGAAGAGGAGGAGGAGGAGGAGGAAGAGGAGGAGGAGGAGUUCAAAGAACCAUCUGAUGGGAGUGAGAAUGAAAUGGAGACAGAGAUUCUGGACUAUGUAUGAUGCACCAGAACUGGCACUGUGGACCUUUGCUUCUCUUGUCCCUACAGGCAAGACAGGAAGCCAGGCCUAAUAAGACAAGUACCCAUCCAUGUCUCUUCUUCUCAUCUUUGGGUUCUGUUUUUUGCAGACACCCAUGUGUGUCUUUUUGAUACUGAUUUGGGGGUGAAGAUUGUGAUGAGUAAGGUUGCUUAUCCUUGAGCUCUGCAGCCAUGGCAAAUGUACAAGUAAUGGGGCUGGAGAUGCCUUAUCCCGAGAGGUUUUGCUAAAUAUUCCUCUAAUGAAAGCUUAGCUAACUGGUUAACACACAAGCCUGGUAGACCUUCAUCUUGGCGUUGGUUAGCAUCUCAUUCUCCCAUAUCCUUUAGGAGAGGCAUGCCAUUGCCGUAGCCACGUUACAAAUACACCUGUCCAGCUCUACCACCUCAAAUGUGUGCUCACCAGGGCCGGUGCAUGGAGUGCUGGUGAUGUCCUGACCUAAGAUUUUAGUCUUUUGUCAGGCUGAUGAUGAAGCCAAACUCCAUACAGUCUUGGGCAAAAUGUUUGAUGAGUUUCUGUGGGGUUUCCUUGGAGUGCGCUGUCAAGGCUGUGUCAUCUAUGAACAAUAUAUAUUGGAUAAGAACUUGCCACACUUCUGCCUUGGCAUGGAGAUGUGCCAGGUUGAAUGGACCUCCGCCACUCCUUGAAUGGACGCAUAGCACACACUGUCUUCAGUCAAACGGAAGGCAUAUGAGAACAACAGGUUGAAGACUACGCCAAAGAGACUUGAGUUGAGAAC